AUGGAAGAGGAGACAUCGAGAGUGCAAAACUUCACUCCAGUUCACGAAGAAGCUGACUAUGCCGGGUUAAUGCAAGAUGACUGGUGGACACGCGUACGCUCUGAUGAGGGAUCAAAGGUGAACGAAAGUGGGCCUAAAGCAGAGGAUCGCAAACUCACGAAUGAAUACGGAGUGCAUAUUUAG